CACCAGCCUCUUCAGCCGCCGCCGCUGCUGAACGGGAGUUAGGUAGGUAAGCCUGGCUGGGACAGGUUAAGGGGAAAGAAGCUUAAGUCUGGGCGCUUCCCAUCAGGUUCUCUCAAAGGCCCGGUUGCCUGAGGGGGAAAGCGGACGGCAUUCCUUUAGUGGCGCUUUCUGCAGCCUCGUUGAGGCUAGAGGAGGAGGGGAGGUGGCAAGAGUUGAGUCUCUCCCCCCUCGCCAGCCCCGCAUACUAAUAUCGCCCCUGUACCCCAAAAGCCAACUCGGUUACUGCAGGAACAGCCGUUCUCUGUGGGACCCCCUUAGACUGUCAUCGAGGCCGUUGGCAUCUUGAACGCCCUUCCGUCUUCUGCAGCGUUCAAGUAGAAGAAGCUGGGCCCGCUCUAUUAGUGCUGCUCGAAGUACCUCGAAAAUAAAAAAGCAGUUUAACCAGAGACUGUGGUGGAACAGCUGCUGUGAAACAUGUAAUCUGCACAUGCAAUGAUGCUUGACAAUACUACUUCCAACUCUUUGAAAAGCUGCUAUCGGUAACCUAAUCCAUGGGGAAAGUAAGGAAGAUGUGGAACAGCUUCAAGUAUAGAUGCCAGAAUCUCUUCAAUCCUGAAAGUGGAAACAGAAAUGAAAAUGUAGAUGUGAACUGCAAUAGUUCAUCAGUUAAAGAUAAAAGUGUAUUUGUACCUGAUACUGCUCAGCAGCGACCAAGCAGCCCUCUAAGAGAUGUUUCUUUACAACUGAGUCUAAAUCCUUCCAGAAAUUCUUCAAGAAAAAAUCAAAACUGUGCCACUGAAAUUCCACAGAUUGUAGAAAUAAGCAUUGAGAAAGAGAAUGAUUUGGGUGUUGCCACAGGAACUAGACUUGCACGGAGAGAUUCUUAUUCACGGCAUGCACCAUGGGGUGGGAAAAAGAAGCAUUCCUGCUCUACAAAAACACAGAGCUCUUUGGAGAAUGAUAAAAGGUUUGGCCGUUCACGCUUGCAAAGAAGGGAGAGGAGGUACGGUGUGAGCUCAGUUCAUGAUACAGAUAGUGUCUCAAGCAGGACCAUUGGGAGUCGUUCUUUACGGCAGAGACUGCAGGAUACUGUUGGUUUAUGUUUCCCCUUGAGAACUUACAGCAAACAACCCAAACCUCUUUUUUCUAAUAAAAGAAAGAUCCAUCUUUCUGAAUUAAUGCUUGAAAAAUGCCCUUUCCCUGCUGGGUCAGAUCUAGCGCAAAAAUGGCAUCUAAUUAAGCAGCACACAGCCCCAGUGAGCCCACAUUCAACUCUUUUUGAUGCAUUUGAUCCUUCUGUGGCUUCUACAGAAGAUGAAGAAGAUAGGCUUAGAGAGAGACGAAGGCUCAGUAUUGAGGAAGGGGUUGAUCCUCCUCCUAAUGCUCAGAUACAUACUUUUGAAGCUACAGCACAAGUUAAUCCAUUAUAUAAACUGGGGCCAAAGUUGGCCCCUGGUAUGUCUGAGCUGACUGGAGACUGUAAUUCAGCAUCACAGGGAAGUUGUGACCUGGAAGAAGACACGACAACCCUCUGCUUGCAGUCACGCAGGCAAAAGCAACGGCAGAUGUCUGGAGACAGCCAUAGCCACAUCAACAGACAAGUUGCUUGGAAAGUACAUACUCAGAUCGAUUACAUACACUGCCUUGUGCCAGACUUACUUCAAAUUACUGGUAAUCCAUGUUACUGGGGCGUAAUGGACCGUUACGAAGCAGAAGCACUCCUGGAAGGAAAACCUGAAGGCACUUUUUUGCUCAGGGACUCUGCUCAAGAAGACUACCUCUUUUCUGUGAGCUUCCGCCGUUACAACCGGUCUCUACAUGCACGCAUUGAGCAAUGGAACCACAAUUUCAGUUUUGAUGCUCAUGACCCUUGUGUGUUUCACUCCUCCACUGUUACUGGACUUCUAGAACACUACAAAGACCCCAGUUCUUGCAUGUUUUUUGAACCAUUGCUUACAGUUUCUCUAAACAGGACUUUUCCUUUUAGUUUGCAGUAUAUCUGCCGGGCAGUAAUCUGCAGGUACACUACAUAUGAUGGGAUUGAUUGUCUCCCUUUGCCAGCAAUGUUACAGGACUUUCUAAAGGAGUAUCACUAUAAGCAAAAAGUUCGGGUGCGAUGGUUGGAGCGGGAACCAAUUAAGACAAAGUGAAGGGACUUCAGAGUCCCCUGUAAGCUCACUAGGAUCUGUGCAUUUUUUUUUCUUUUGGAAGAGGAGUGCAUUACAGUGUAACUGCAGUAAGCACAUCAGUGUUUAGUGCUUUUGGGGGGCAAUGUUGUACUUUAAGCAUAGAGUUUUUUAAGAUUGUCAGAUGCUGCCUGUUAUUAAUCAAGCCUAGUUGUGAAUACCUCUUGAAACAAUAUGCAGGACACAAAAUAGUAUGUUUGUAAAUGUAAGCUUUUUAGAUUAUGAUUUGCCAAUUCCUAGGUAUAUUCUUACCACAGUUGCUGUAGUAAUUACAUGGGGCAGCUAUUGGGCAUUGACAUGUUCCAUUCAAUUUCAGGAUGCAGAACACUGUUAGAGCACUAGGAUACCAGCAAUUAUGUUCCAGUGUAGCUGCUUUUCAGCAGAAAAUGACCUUUAAAAAUUAAGUUUUAUGUCAAUUUUCAGAUUAAAGCAGUUUUAAAAUGAAAAAAAAAAUCCUGAGCAGCAAGGCAAUCCUUGCCUUGUGUCUUGCAUUUAAAAAAAAAAAAUCUUGUGUGCUAAAUAACACUUGCAGAUUGGAUACAUGUAGCCCUGUUUAAAACCAAAGUUUUGCUAUGAAGUGAAUAAGAUAUUUUAAUCAGUAAGCUGUACAUAGUUUAAUUGUAUGCAAAAGCUUGCAUAUGAAUAAAAUGGUUCUGAAAGUAAAAUCAUUAUCUGUUUAGAGGUUGUGCACAGUAAGUGCUGUGAUACCUUUGAAGAGCUUGAGAUGGAAACGAGGGAACGGCUCUGGUAAAAUGCCUCCUGCAAUUUGUAUAUGUACUUGCACUAAAAAUAAAAACCUGCUAAAUUAAUCAGGGCCAUCUUAUCCUGUCAAGAUGGUUUUUAAUUAGUUAAUUUAACAGUUAAUUCCCUGAACAAUACACCCCUUGGUUUAAAUAACAUUUUUAGCAAAUUUAGUUCAGGCAAAAUAUAUAUCUGCUUAUUAACCUAGUUGUUGGUAUAGCUGUUAAACUGAAUUUUGUUUAAGCUGGCCAUAAGAAGCUGCCUUGAUUGGAACUUGAUAAUUUUGAAUGGUUCAAAACAGUAUUUUAAUUAUCUGCUAAAAACUAUAACAGUCACCUAGCUAGACCAGCUCUUUUUGUUAUGACUUCAAGCUGUUCCAGAUAGUUAACAUUCUGUGCUACUUCUUCCCCCUCCUCCACCCUUUGCAGUGCAUCAGAACUAAAGUUUCAUGCUUUAUAGGUACUAUUGUGUUUGUAAACUGUGUUGCACUUUCUUUGUAACAUGUAGAUUGUGUGCUCGUUGAGCAAAAUGCUUUGAAACUUGCUCUAUUUUGUUCCCUUUUUUCUCUCUUGGACAUAACAACCUGUUUUGUCCCGGCUGUGUUUGCACUAAAACUUACGUUGUACGGAGUCCCUUGUUUUUGCUUCUGUAUCUUGUAUCAAUGAGUAGGGCUCCCUAGUUACUUAACCAUUUGCUACAGUAUGUUCUUAUGUCUCCAUGGCAGUGACUGUGAGGUAGGGAAUCUCUGAAGCUGCAUAUACGAGAAGUUUUACUUGUAUGCCUACACUAACCAGUUUAUCAGUGUGCUUGUGUCUCCCCCAUCCUUGCUUGCUGUGCCUUGUUACAGCUUUUUUGUGCUAAUAAAGUACAGAAUUUUCAGUGUUAUACUUGUAUAUUUUCUCUGUUAUAUUUGAUAACUUGUAGCAAUUAAGCUUUAUUUUUCAUUUACUGAAAUUAGUACAAAUACUGUGCAGUUGGAUAAUUGCCUGUCAGGUCAUCAAAUCUUCGCAUAAAUGCAGCUUUCCAGAACCCUAAAUACAGGCACUUCUAAGCUGUCAGGGCCGUUUCAUGCAAACCCAAGUCUGUUGUAGGGUGUACACUCAAUAGAGCUAGCACCUAAUCACAGUUCUCUGGCAAAUGUACUUGUGAGGGAUGUUUUCUGUCGCAUUCGAACAUAUUGCAUCUUUGAUGUGCACUGAAAUUUUGUGUGUACACCAAAAAUGUAACAACUGAGGUAGCCCUUGGAAAACUGAGGUAGCCAUUGGAAAACCAUGGAAUGUCUCAAACUAUACAGAAACAAAAAAUGCUCUGUCUAUUGUAUGUAAUUAAUUAAUGGCCACUUCAAACAUGACAAGUUUCAUGCAUGGAAAUUAUUUCUGGUUAAGAAAUGGUGUGAAAAUCAUGUUUGGUUUCAUAUACGCACAGUAGAAGGGACCUCUGUGUGAUUAUUACUCCAUGAUCUAUAUAUACUUUAUUUCCAAUACAAUAUGUAGACUUUCAAUUUAUCAUAGUUCUAAAAACUGUCAAAAGUAUUCAACUGAACCAACGGUUCAGUACAUAUGAAUGAUUGUUCAAUACAUAUUAAUUUUACUUUCUUCUGUUCAUAAAAAUUCACGAUUUAUUACAUAUUAUGUGUGGAAAGUUUUACGCAAAUUUGUCAUGUUUGGAGUUAUCCUAAAGUUAUUCUGUAUAAAAUGAGCUAGCUAUUGCUGUAUAUGGCAGAAACAAAGGGUAUACAUUAAAUCUUCUCUUGGGCAAAAAAAUAUUUUGCACUAGUAAGUUUAGUGUAAAAGUGCAUGGAGUCCACAACUAAAGAUCAGUGAUAGAAAAUAAGAAUAAAGGUCUUUUAAAUAUAUGGCUUCAACCAACUUUUAUUGUAGAUCACUAAAAUGGGUUCAUAUUUUAAUAUGGUCCACUGCAUUUGAUGUUGCUGUUUAUGAUGUUAUAAUAAUAAAAUGAAAGAUUGUCCAUUCAGAUACUAGUUUAAUUUCUAAUGUAUGAAAUGCAGCUAAAUGUGAGCUAUGGUUCCGACAUUCACUGAGGAGCAAUCUUCCUUGGACAGAGGAACAAGCAUUUGUCCCCUCCCCUCCCAAACAUACACAAUUUAUUGCAAGGCAGGUAUCCCAUCUAUUAGCCCUGGCUGCAUGGUGUUUAGAUUCACACCAUUUUCUCUCAAAGAAGAGGGGAAAGAUGAUGGUAGUAGACCAUUUAACCUCUUCAGGGACUCCUAUAUCACCUGCCUGAUAUUACAUAUAUGUGGGGAGGAAAGGGGCCAUCUUUUUGCUCUUCUACCUCAUACGGCAGAUUGCUGCCUUCUAGGUGUCUGACCCUAGCUGGAGAUGUUUACCAAAGAGUGUGUGAAGGGACAUAACUGUUGCAUAAAAUGUAUAAUCGACACUAAAGUUAUUAAACCAAAGAAUACUUGAGUAUAAUAUGCAGUUUUAAAGACCAUGAAAAAAUGCAUAUCACUAGCAGCAGUUACUCAUAACUUUUUAGAUGCAAUCUAGAUUCAACAUACAGAACUGUUCUGCUUUACAACCAGAAGACUGCUGUACAUUGGAAAGCUAUGGAAGGAGUUGACGUAGACUCCCAGAAAGCUCUUUAAAAAGUUGUUCUUUGAAAACUAGGCUAGGGCUGGAAAAAUAUUUCAAAUUCCUAGGAGGUGGCAACAAAGAUUCAGGAUGUUCAGGUACCUAUAUGACAUUAUUAGCUCAGCAGUAAUGGAUAUAUCAGAUAUGCUUUCAGAUGUUACCAGUUUUCCAAUGUUGACUUUGUUUUGUUCUGAACUUACAAGUACUUCUUACAUAUGUUAAAUAUAAGCAUGUGAUAAUUGUUGGGUUUGUGUGUGGGUAUGUGUAAAUGAAUAUGCAACCUUUUGUUUUAUAACCUGCUCUAAAACUAGCUGCUUACAUUAAAAAAGUCACCAGCAUGAAA